CCGACGCAGUACGGCUCCGUAACUCGAAGCGUUCACUUCUAUCACAGGAAUACGAAUUUAAUAAUUACACGUCAAUAUGGCAGUGUCUCUUACGACUGAGGAUAAAUUGGAGUACAACUUCUACCCGUGUUCCAGCGGUCAAAUCCAGUUUCGCGUAAGAGCCCCCAAUGACGCCCAUAUCGCGCUCACCACCGGGCCGCAUGAGAGCGAGCCGAUGUAUGAGAUCUUUAUUGGAGGAUGGGGCAACAGCAAGUCUGUCAUCCGUAAGAACAGGGUGAAACCCGAAGUUGCUGAGAUGGACACUCCCGGAAUUUUGAGCGCCGAUGAGUCCCGUGGAUUUUGGAUCAGAUGGCACGGUGGAAACAUAACCUUUGGCAAGGAGGGUGAGCAGACACCAAUCUUGAAUUACUUCGACCCAGAGCCAUUCGUUAUCAGUUACUUCGGUGUCUGCACCGGUUGGGGAGCCUCUGGAGAGUGGCUCGUCGAAGGAACUAAAAAUUUGAGAACACCGAAUGAACUGAAAUACACAUUCCAUGCCGUGAAGAGUGGCUGUGUGAUCAUUGAUGUUAAAGCAAAGAGCAAUGCACAUGUUGCACUCACACAGGGAAAAUCCGAAACAUCACCGAUGUAUGAGAUUCUACUGGGUGGAUGGGAUAAUACAGCUAGUGUCAUAAGAUAUGACCGUAAACAACCCGAUAAGGUGCGCGUUAAUACCCCGAAUCUCCUGAGCUCAAGUGAGCAUCGGAAGUUCGCAAUUAUGUGGCACGAUGGACUCAUCACAGUGAGGUCUGGUGAUCAGCAUGGUAAAAUAUUACUCGAGUGGAAGGACCCAAAGCCAAUUGGAAUUAGUCACGUUGGUGUGCGAACGGCUUGGGGGGCCACCGGAAAUUGGAGAAUGCACUUUGACCACCUCCAGCACACCCACUCGGGGCCACCCCCCAAAUUCCGACAUCCAAAUCCAUCAGCACCGUCUGCGCGAUACGCCGGAAGUGCCUGCUGGUGUGCCGCAUCAGGUGGACAAAUCCCACCUGGUGCACUCGAGGGUGGACAAGAUGGCGAGCCACUUUUCGUGGGCAGGGCCCAACACGAAGGUGCGCUUAUUCCUGGCAAGGUCAAGCCAAGUCACGCUGUUUGCUAUGUAGCAUGGGGCGGUGGUGAACAUGGAAAGCCCGAAUAUGAGGUUCUUUGCGGAUGCAAUGGAAGAUGGGUACCAAUUGCUGGAGGCCAAGUACCACCCAACGCCGUUCCCGGAGGAGAGACUGAGGAAGGAGAGCCCCUGUUCAUCGGUCGUGUCAACCACGAGGGCACUUUGACCAUUGGAAAGGUUCAGGCAUCGCACAAUGUAUGCUAUAUCCCGUACGGUGGAGCCGAAAUGUCAUUCUCCGACUACGAAAUUCUCGUUGAAUAGGAAAAAAGUGAACAAUUUAAUGAAAAAUAUUGAGAGAUGCAAACUAAUUAUUGUUAUCGAUGCAUUACUUCUCGAUGAAUUCUGCUAGUUUUUUUGCAUCUACUUUCGAAUCUCAUAUUUUACUAUCGAUUAUUGAAACUGUCACUUGGAAUUAGUUUCGUGAGUAAUCUUGGAAGUGAGAUCUUGUCCGAAGGUUGCGGUCAGUGGAAUACCAAAUAUUUAUUUCUACAGAAUCUCCUUCAGAAUUCAUCGAUCAAAAUAUUCGCAAGCAGCAGCUUCAGCACGAAAAACUAAAAACAGUUAAGAGAUGUUUAAUUAAUGUUGAGAAAAAUAGAAAUAUAUGUUUUUUAACGCACAUAUGUAUUCGCUUAUUAUUGGAGAUAAUUUUUUUGAAGGAAAACGUCUGAAAUAAACGUAUAUAUGAGAAAAAUGACACUAACAAAUUUUUCAUUUCUUCACGAAUGAAAAAUCCAUAAAUGUUUACCAUUAAUUUGUUUUUGUUUUAAAUCAUCGUACUAUGAAUCGGUUAUUCAUGUGCAGUAAUAUCUACAAUGAAAACACUAUAUCGAUUGGAAGAUUGGUAUCAAUCGCAGGAACAUUAGUACCAUCCAAUGCUAUUCUCGCAGGAGACUGACUAAGGUGAACCCCAGUUCAUUAGAAAUGGCCAGAUAUCGCACAACGUAUGUUAUAUCAUCUCCGGUAGAGCCAAUGUCUGUUUCCCAAACUACGAAAUUCUUGUUGAAUAGGAAAAAAGUGAACAAUUCAAUGAAAAAUAUUGAAAGAUGCAAACUAAUUAUUGUUAUCAAUGCAUUACUUCUCGAUGAAUUCUGCUAGUUUUUUUGCAUCUACUUUCGAAUCUCAUAUUCUACAAUGGAUUAUUGAAACUGUCACAUGGAAUUAGUUUCGUGAGUAAUCUUGGAAGUGAGAUCUUGUCCGAACGUUGCGGUCAGUGGAAUACCAAAUAUUUAUUUCUACAGAAUCUCCUUCAGAAUUCAUCGAUCAAAAUAUUCGCAAGCAGCAGCUUCAGCACGAAAAACUAAAAACAGUUAAGAGAUGUUUAAUUAAUGUUGAGAAAAAUAGAAAUAUAUGUUUUUUAACGCACA